AUGCCAGCUGCCAUAUCCCCUUUCUCAGCUACCUCUAUGCAGAAAUCCCCAAGUUCUGACGAGACAGAGCUCAGUCAACCAGAGGUUCUAUUGCAAACCCCUCAACAAGAUGAACUUAUUGACGUUGUUGAUGCCUUGAGAUCUCAAGGCAUCACUCAUUAUAUCGAUCUACCACAACUGAUUGUCUGCGGCGAUCAGAGUUCUGGAAAAUCAAGUGUACUUGAAGCAAUCUCGGGAGGCCUGCGCUUUCCUACGAAGGACUCGUUAUGUACUCGUUUUGCCAUUGAGCUCGUCUUACGGCGGAGCCCAACUUCUCUGGUCAACAUCACAAUCAUUCCAGAUGAAGAGCGUCCAAUGGCAGAAAAAGAGGCUUUAGCGAGAUUUCAACCGCCAACUACUUCGAUGGGUGCUUUCCCCGAGAUCAUCGACGCGGCUGCCAAAGAAAUGGGCAUAGACGGCAACCAAAAGUCCUUUAGCAAGGACGUCCUCAGAGUUGAGCUAUACGGCCCGAAACAGCCCCAUCUGACCCUCGUUGAUCUUCCUGGUAUUUACCAUGCGGAGAGCAAAAAUCAGUCUCGACAGGGAAAACAAAUAACACAUUUGCUUGUGCAGUCGUACAUGAAGAAGAAGAGGAGUAUCAUUCUAGCUGUUGUCUCAGCCAUGAAUGACUACAACCUUCAGGUAGUCACUGAAUAUGCACAAAGCGCUGAUCCGGGAGGCGACCGUACACUGGGCAUCAUCACCAAACCAGAUACUCUGCACAGUGGAUCAAGUACGCUAAACCGUUUCCAGUCCUUGGUGAUUGACCAAGGAACUUUCUUCAAACUUGGUUGGCAUGUACUGCGGAAUCGUGACUUCAAGACAAGGAAUCACACAACUGAGGAGAGGGACGAAGCAGAAGAAAUUUUCUUUCAAACUGAUGACUGGAAGCAGAUUUCGAAAGAUCGACUUGGAGUUCACUCUCUCAGAAAACGCUUGGGCGAUGUACUCUUCGCCCAUAUUCUGCAGGAAUUCCCUCAACUACUGCGAGAUGUUCAGAAUGGAAUCACGAAAUGCGAAAAGCGACUCAAAGACCUUGGUGCUUCAAGAGACACACUUGAGGCACAGCGCAACUAUCUCUUCCAGGCCAGCCAGACAUUUACAACACUAAUGCAAGCCUCUGUUGACGGAACGUAUCAUGCCGCUUUCUUCGGGACUUCUAAUACUGAAGAAGGUUAUAAAAAGCGACUUCGAGCGGUGGUGCAGAACACCUUGAAAGCCUUUGCCCAAGAAAUGCAUUUACGAGGACAUGCUGUCACCAUCGUGGAUCAGCUGCCUGAAAAAGUAGAGCCUCGGAAUACAGUUCCAACGCCUGUUGCCAGAGAAGAAUUCCUGAAAUUCGUUGAACAUCGCAUGAGUGUUAAUCGAGGUCGCGAGCUUCCAGGAACCUUCAACCCAGACAUCAUCGGCGAUCUCUUCCGUGACCAAGCUCAACCGUGGAAGGGAAUCAUGAAGUAUGCUCGGGAGCAACUACUGGAGUCGACAGAAACGACUAUCGAUUUAAUUCUCAAACAUGUCGCCGACGCAACCACUGCCAAGGCCAUCCAGCUUUACCUGAUUCAGCCAAAGAUGAAUACAGUAUCAAAUUCUCUUGCUGAAAAAGUAGAUGAAGUGCUCAGGCCCCAUCUCCAUGGAACGCCAUUGACAUUCAACAAAGAUUUGAUAGAGCACAUCCAGAGAAAACGAAGAGAAGAGAUCUAUAAAGUUCUAGCUGAAAAGCUUGUUGCCUUUUUCGGGAAGGACCCUGAAGCGGAGUUAGAUGCAGACAGAAUCUAUGAGGGAAGAUUCAAUGUCAGAGCUCUUCUCGAUACACUCGCGCUCAAGACGGAAGUCGACUUUGAUCGAUUUGCUUGCGUCGAGGCUACGAAUGCAAUGGAAGCCUACUACAAGGUUGCUUUGAAAACAGUGAUUGACUCAUUUGGGGCGUACGCUGUUGAAGCUUCUCUACUGGGAAAUCUUGAAACCGUUUUCAAUCCGAAAGAAAUUAAUAGCCUGGACGACGAGACGAUCGCAAAAAUCGCAUCAGAAUCUGUUGACACUAUUGCUGAAAGAGGAGGUCUUGAGAAACAGCUCUCGAUUCUCAAGGACUCCCUACAGACAUUACAGACCUUACAGCGAGAGAAGACUCGCCGAGUUCCUGAAACAGCUCCGCAACUAGUCGCUGUCGACAAAGAGCGAAGCCGUCCUAUCGUUUUGGACAUGGAGGACACCCUGGCCCGAGCCAAGAGAUCGACCAGCAACGUCUCGCAAGAUUCGGGCAUUGCUCUCGGUAGUGCGUGA